UCGGGAUUCCAAGCUUUUUUUUUUUUUUUUUUUUGCAGCAUGUCUGUCAUCUUCGCUCCUGACUGGCUACGCGGCAAGGCCAAGGUCAAUCAAGAGACUAUCCAGCGGCUCCUGGAGGAGAAUGACCAGCUGAUCCGUUGUAUCGUGGAGUAUCAGAACAAGGGCCGAGCGAACGAGUGCGUCCAGUAUCAGCAUGUGUUACAUAGAAAUCUCAUUUAUUUAGCUACCAUCGCAGACGCCAACACAAGCAGUCUCACAAAGGCAGUGGAGUAGUUUUCCAGAAGGCUGUAAUGAGGAGUGACUGAUUGGAACCCAUCUCCUGGGAACCAGAGAGCUGCUCAGAACAUGGGCAAAAAGUCCCAUUCAUUUUAGACUGUGAAGAAACUCGCUACCAACUCUACUGUAUUCUGACUAUAAAUAUUUUAUUAAUAAAACAGAUCCAACGGUAGAACUGCGAGGACCUGAGGUGUAUGACAGCAGUGUCAUUGUCAACAAUAGUGAUUAAUUAUCUGAUGACAUGUAAUAAUAAAUGAUACACGCCCGUC